AUGGCGCGUGAAGUGGGCUUGGAUGCAGCGAUCGAUAUGGAGGCAGCCGAGGAGCUUCUGCAGGAGCACGCGGCAGCCGUGAUCCCACAUCUUGAGCUUCGAGGCAUUGCCGGCGACGGCAACUGCCUCUUUCGUGCCGCGGCUUGUCAAGUUCCUGAAGGUGAGGAACACCACGUGGCACUGCGAGCCAUCUGCGCUGCCGGCGCUGCCGAUGCCUGGGAGCGCUACGCGCCAUACCUACAGCCUUGUGGUCGAGAGCAGGUGCUGGAAUGGUGCCGCAACAUGGCGCAAGAUCGUUUUUGGGGCGAUGGAUUGGCGUGCCGGGUGUUGACGGACUGUUUGAAGCGGCCCAUGAUCAUUUGGCGGCUCAUGGAGCCCGAACAGAGGCCUUCAUGCUUUGUGCCCGCCCUGGGCGUGGUGGGCGCACCGGUGCAACCUAUCUACCUCUUCUUGGAUGAGAGAGUUCGCGGAGCUGAGCACUACUGGGCCCUGGUUCGGGGCGAGCGGCCUUCUCAGCACAGUCCGUGGCAGGCACUGCAACCCGCCGCUGCGGGCGAUGGCCGCCGGGGGAGCUUCAGGCGACGUUGUUUGCCGGCCUCCUUCUUCGGGACUGCCAACCAACAAGCAUCAUCGGGGCCUUGGACGCGUCAUGGCUUGACGCAAGGUCAGAUGGAAGAGCUGCUGCUCAUGCAAGACCAAGGGGUGACUCCAGAAGAACUCGCUGCCAAGUUCUUUCCAGGACAAAAAGAAAAGUUGCGCUUGGUGCGCCGCUGGGGCUCCGUUGACAAGGAGCAAAUACGUGCAAAGGUUCAAGCAUACGUGGCGGCCAAGGCCGGGGCCCAAACUUCUGGGCGGGCCAUGGCGGCCGCCCAUCGCCUCCACCGGAGCCAGUGCCACGCAUUCCAGGCGGAACGGCCUCCCGCAGCAUCUUCUUGGCAAGAAGAACUUGGGAGACGAUUUUCCGUUGCAGGCCGCGUGGAGGCUGGCGCGCCCCCUGAGCAGCGCUCCAGCCAGAUGCCCUUAGCGCAGCAGUGCGGGCGGCGAUCGGCAAAGCGAACCUGCUCCUUGCAUUGGCGCGCUCAUGCUGCAGCUGCCGUUUCCUGCCCAUGCUCCAUCACAUGCGAUCCCGACCCAGCUCAUUUGGAGGCCUGUGCUUCGGCUGCUCAGAAGGCGGCCCAGGAAGAGCACACCGGCAAGCUCCAGGCGUACCUGACCCCGGACGCCAGCUACUGGGAGGCUUUCCGGGAUUUCGUGUGCGAGGGAGCCCUCGGCUGGGAUGACUUCUUCAUGCUUCUUCCUAAGGAAGAUGCCACACGGCUGGCGCCCCUCGACUUAAAGGUGGACUACAUCACACGGAGAGGCGGGCAAGCUUGCGUUACGGCCAAACAGAAGAAAUCCUUGGUGCGUGCAGUUUGGAAGCCUGUGGACGUCACGGAGCAGCUGCCCACGCCCGCUUCCCUCCGGGCUUUCGAUUUCCUCAUGGAGCACAACGACACCUACAGGACCUACGUGCUUCGACACCGUGAGCUACUUCGAGCCAAUGCAAAUUCCGGGAACGCCUGGCGCUAUGUUCCGACAGCUCAGCUCCUGUUGCAGAUGCCUGGCAUCGAAGUGGCUGCCCGACCUUGGCUUUACGUGAAGGCAAGCCUCGGCGACACCGACGUCUCCGAUCGGCUGAAGGCGUUAGGCAUCUUGAAGGCAUCGUCCAAUCCCAGCGCCAAGACUCAUUGGCUCCGCAAGGUGCUUUCCCGCAAUGUGGAUUUUGUGAAGGACUACCCUUUGCAGGCUCUGUUGCACGAUGUGACCAUGGCUAGAACCAUCACUGCGGUGGUGGCUGUGGCUGAGAAGCAGAAGAUCUCGCGGGACGAGGCUGCUGCGGACAUGCCGCAGUUCGAGCAGUACUGGCAUCAUCAAGCUCAGAAGUUGGAAGACGUGUGCCGCCAAGCCGGGAAGUUUCCCAAUCUCUUCUUCACGAUUGCUCCCGCCGAAUGGAGGUUCCCGCUACACGCCGGCAUGUUCAGCAAAGAGGACCAAGAAGAUCUCAGUCAGUGCCAAGCCUGGCUGACCAUGCACAUGCACAACUGCAUUGCGGCCGUUUUGGACGCGGUGCUGUGGAAGAACAAGGCCCAGGCUGCCGAGCUGGGGAUUGCCGAGAUCGAGCACUACACGUAUCGGUUCGAGUUCCAAGGAAGAGGGACCAUUCAUGUGCAUGCGGUAGCGUGGGUCAAGUACAACCCCGGGGUCUGUGUGGAGGAGCUGAGCGGCCGCAGUGGCGCGAGAGGCCAAACGAGUCCGUUGGUGCGCCUCCUGGAGGAGGUCUUUGAUUGCGGCGCUGUCGAUGUACAGUGCGGGCAAUCCGAGCACAACCUGCUUCGUUACGUGGCCGGCUACGUGGCCAAAGCCUCUGAUUCUUUGCGCUUUCAGAAGGGAGAUGAGGGCAGAGGCGCGCCUGCCGAGACUUCCCGGUGGCGGCAGGUCUGCCGCUUGCUUUGCAAGCGUUCCCCUCUGGAGCAGGAGCUGGCCAUGUACUUCGCUGGGCUGCCGAUGGUCGAAACCUCCUUCACCGGCGACAGGAUGUAUCCUCCGAUUCCAGGGAGCACGGCCGUCAACAAGUACAGACAUGCCUACCUGGCCUAUCAAGAACGCCUCGUGGCAGCGCAUGAAGAGCACUGUCAAGUCCAGGAAGUCGCAGAAGAUGGUCGAGUUCUCCGGCUACGCAACUUUGUGGAGUGGUGCCGGCUUUUCCGGUUGCACCAGUAUGUCAAGACCGGGGAGAACAGCUGGUCCUAUGUGGUGCGCGAGCGCAAUGCUCGUGGUCGGGGCACUGGCAAGAAGUGUGCCAUUGCCAUGACGUGGCCCUUCGAGUUGCUGGACAUAUACUGCGGCGCUUACGCAGCUGCCUUUUUUUCCUCGCCUCGAAGCCGAGUUGUGCCUUCCUGCCGAUGA